UUAAAGUUGUGUUCUCUCUUUAUUCUCUGCUCUUUUAUACUCCUUAGAAUCACGCUUUAUUCUAAACUCAUAUCAACUCUUCCAAAUCUACAUUCCAAACAAACGAUGGCUCUUGAGUUUUUCUUCACACUCGCUCUAUAUGGUUUUGUUACGACAAUUGGAUUGAUCCUAAUCCUAGACCCAACCAACAUUCCUUCUUUCGGAAUCAAGGGUAAGCUCAGCUUCGACCAACAUGACUUAGCAUCCGUUUCACACGACUUCGGUGGCCAGAGCCAGGCUGAGCCACUGGCAGUUUUCCACCCUGAUUCAGCUGAGGACAUUGCCAGGCUGGUUAAGGCAGUUUACGAGUCGACGCAGGGACUCACGGUCUCGGCUAGAGGCCAUGGACAUUCAGUUAACGGACAGGCGCAGACCUCAAACGGGAUAGUGAUUCGGAUGAGCGGGUCCCCUACUAAGCCAGCUAGGAUCAAUGAGAAGUUGAAGUACGUAGAUGUAUGGGGAGGAGAUUUAUGGAUAAAUGUGCUUAAUUCGACGCUAGGGUAUGGACUUGCACCGAAGUCGUGGACAGAUUAUUUGUAUCUUUCUGUGGGUGGUACCUUGUCGAAUGCUGGGAUUAGUGGACAGGCUUUUCGACAUGGACCUCAGAUUAGUAAUGUUUACGAGCUUGAUGUUGUCACAGGCAAGGGAGAGCUGAAGACGUGUUCGGAGAAACAAAACUCAGAAUUGUUCUAUGCGGUCCUUGGUGGAUUAGGCCAAUUUGGGAUCAUCACUAGAGCGAGAAUUGCUCUUGAGCCUUCUCCCCAAAGAGUGAGAUGGAUUCGUGUGGUGUAUUCAAACUUCUCGGCUUUUACCCAAGACCAAGAGUACCUCAUCUCGCUGCAUGGGCAAUCCCCGGAUGUAGAGAAGUUGGAUUAUAUUGAAGGUUCUGUUGUAGUGGACCAUGCUGGUCUAAUUAAUAAUUGGAGGUCUUCUUUCGCAUCACCUGGCAAUGUCUCUUCCCUCGUCGGUGUUGCUAACGGGGGUGUGUUAUAUAGGCUGGAAAUUGCGAAGAACUACCAGCAAUCCAAUGCCAAUAGUGUUGAUGAGGAAAUAGAAGCAUUGCUCAAGAGAUUGCAUUAUAUACCAGCAACAACCUCUACAACAGACCUCCCGUACGUGGAUUUCUUGGACAGGGUUCAUAAAGGGGAACUGAAACUACGGUCCCAGGGUUUGUGGGAGGUCCCUCACCCAUGGCUAAACCUGUUUGUUCCCAAAUCCAGGGUUGAAGAGUUUGAUAAAGGGGUGUUCAAGGGCAUUCUGGGUAACCACUCUCAAGGACCCAUCCUUAUCUACCCAAUUAACCGAAACAAGUGGGAGAAAAGGACUUCAGCAGUGACACCCGACGAUGAAGUGUUUUACCUUGUUGCUUUUCUCAGAUCUGCACUUGAUAAUGGGGACUCCUCUCAAACGUUAGAGUACCUAAACAAUCAGAACCGUCAAAUCUUGAAAUUCUGCGAUGAUAAUGGAAUCAAAAUUAAACAGUACUUACCUCACUAUACAACACAGAAAGAAUGGAUUGAACAUUUUGGAGACAAGUGGUCCACGUUCUACCGACGCAAAAUGGAGUUUGAUCCCAAGCACAUCUUGGCCACAGGACAAGGCAUAUUUUACCCUAACUUUUCUUAUAAUGAAUGAACAUUUCAAUUAAUUAUACAAAGUCCACAUACAGACCAUCAAUUUAUAAUUAGUUGAUCAGAAUAUAUAGUUUUGUCUUC